UUUUUCUUUAUUGCUUUCUCAAUACUCUCGUGAUACUUCUCUUGAAGAAAAAAUGUAGUUUAAAAUGACGCUUAUGUUCCCUCUUGCUCUCUCUUGCCCAUAUUAAAAAUGGCGCCGUCGCCUUCCGGGACGUAGUUCAUUUAGACUUGACGAUCCGGGCGGAAACUGGGUAGGCAGGUGCUGCAGAACAGAGCCCAGCUCGCCAGUUAGCUGAGUAGGCUGCGAAGCGGGAUCUUUGGUCACCAUGUGGGCCUUCCCCGAGGUGCCCAUUCCGCUGCUGGUAAAUUUGAUCGGCUCGCUGCUAGGAUUUGUGGCCACGCUCACCCUCAUCCCCGCCUUCCGUGGCCACUUUAUCGCUGCGCGCCUCUGUGGCCAGGACCUCAACAAAACAAACCGGCAGCAGAUCCCAGAAUCCCAGGGAGUCAUCAGCGGUGCUGUUUUCCUUAUCAUCUUGUUCUGCUUCAUCCCCUUCCCCUUCUUGAACUGCUUUGUGGAGGAGCAGUGUAAGGCAUUCCCCCACCAUGAAUUUGUAGCCCUGAUAGGUGCCCUCCUUGCCAUCUGCUGCAUGAUUUUCUUGGGGUUCGCGGAUGAUGUGCUGAAUCUACGAUGGCGCCAUAAGCUGCUGCUGCCCACAGCUGCCUCCCUGCCUCUCCUUAUGGUCUAUUUUACCAACUUUGGCAACACAACUAUUGUGGUACCCAAGCCCCUCCGCCCAAUUCUUGGCCUGCAUCAGGACUUGGGGAUCCUGUACUAUGUCUACAUGGGGCUCCUGGCAGUGUUCUGUACCAAUGCCAUCAAUAUCCUAGCAGGAAUUAAUGGCCUAGAGGCUGGCCAGUCACUAGUCAUCUCUGCUUCCAUCAUUGUCUUCAACCUGGUGGAGCUGGAAGGUGAUUAUCGGGAUGAUCAUGUCUUUUCCCUCUACUUCAUGAUACCAUUUUUUUUCACCACCUUGGGAUUGCUCUACCAUAACUGGUACCCAUCUCAGGUGUUUGUGGGAGACACCUUCUGUUACUUUGCUGGCAUGACCUUUGCCGUGGUAGGCAUCUUGGGACACUUCAGCAAGACCAUGCUACUCUUCUUCAUGCCACAGGUGUUCAACUUCCUCUACUCACUGCCUCAGCUCCUGCAUAUCAUCCCCUGCCCUCGACACCGUAUACCAAGACUCAAUACCAAGACAGGCAAACUGGAGAUGAGCUAUUCCAAGUUCAAGACCAACAGCCUCUCUUUCUUGGGCACCUUUAUUUUAAAGGUAGCAGAGAGACUCCAGCUAGUGACCGUGCACCAGAGUGAGGAUGAGGAUGGUGCCUUCACUGAGUGUAACAACAUGACCCUCAUCAACUUGCUUCUUAAAAUUCUUGGGCCCACACAUGAGAGGAACCUCACAUUGCUCCUGCUGCUGCUACAGAUCUUGGGCAGUGCUGUCACCUUCUCCAUUCGGUACCAGCUUGUCCGACUCUUCUAUGAUGUUUGAGUUCCUGAAGAUUGCCCUUUAGCACACAGUCUCCAGGGUCCUGACUGGGGCCAGCCUGUCUGGUCUCAGAGUGGGCCUCUCCCAAUCUUUACUCUCCUCCAGAUUUUAUUCCCAGCAUUUUCUUUUUCCUGUGAUUAUUGACAUCCUGGGCUUUUUUUUUUUUGCCCUCCAGUGACUAUUAAUUGGACUUUGCCUAUGGCCUUCAACUAUUAAGCCUAAGGCGGGAUGUAGCAGCUUCUGUGCAGAUAUCCACUACUCAGCUUUCAGAGUCCUAACUCUCAAGGAAUAUGCUGGCCCUUGAGGUAGAACCUGGGCUAGGGCUAGGGACACUGGCUCAAAGGUGACUUGAAAUUUGACUAUAAAUUAAGUGUUCUGAUUAGUAAGAUAGAGCCAGGUGCUCGCAUGGUGACAAUAAAGUGUUACCUUUUUCUUA